GCGCCAGCUCCCUUGCGCGGCGGAGUCCCUGCGUCCGCUCCGGGAGUUCAUGGAGGGAUCCCAGAGCGCUCUCCGCCGAAGCAUGAGGCCAUUCCUCGGCAGAGCGCCGUGGAAUUGCAGUUGUUGCGAUGCAUUGGAGACUAUCUGGUCAAGAAUCCGAAGGCAGAAUCUUCGCAUGAUCCCAUAUCUUUGCUCAAUGUGGCAGUGCAAGCACAAAUGCACCCCAGCGACCGGGAGAUGCAUCCUCUCUGCUACAAGGAUUGGACACACCCAGAUGGCGGCUUCAUCUGUGAGGUGACGCUUUGUGGGAUGAGGGUGGAAGGCCAGUUCGGCGCGAACAAGAAGGCUGCGAAGCAGUCAGCUGCUCAGGAAGCCAUUAAGGCAGUCUGCAAGGCCUCGCGCGAGCGACGGGUGGUGCCCCUGAAUGAGAUGGAUUAA